AUGCGAUCCUACUUUGCAUUUUCUUCAGAAAACGCAAAACAGGCCUGCGUUUUGCAUGAAAAUGCAAAGGGUCUUCCCGUUUUCUUCAUUAUCGGACCCCUACUUGCGCAAAAUCUGCCAUAUUUCAUGCGGACGAGGCAGUGCUUGGUGCUUGGACCCGGCCAGAAGCUUAGGGAAAAGAUCACAGGGUUGGAUUCAAUUAGGCACCAACAGUUCAUACAAUUAGACCACGCUUUAAUAGGUGCAUUGGUUGAAAGGUGGUGUCCACUAACAAACACCUUUCACUUACCGGUGGGGGAGAUGACGAUAACAUUACAGGAUGUUCAGUUGCUCUUGGGCAUCAGGAUAGAUGGUGCGCCAAUUAUUGGUAGUUCAGUAGUCGGAGACGGGUUACGUUGGGAUACAUGGAUAGAGUGCUGUAAUGAGCUAUUGGGGUCCCACGCAGACCCAAAUGUUACGUACCAUGAUCCUGACGAUAACGAUGUAGAGGUUAUCUUCAGAAUGGGGCAUUCACAAGCGUACUCAAUUAUACCGCUUCGAUGGUUACGAUGGACCUUUUAUCGGGAGUCAUAUGAAGAUUUACCCCGACAUGUGUUCCUUCGACAUGUUAGGGCAUACAUUAUGUAUAUGCUUGGUUGUUAUUUAUUGCCUGAUACAUCCGGAUCCCACGUGCAUAUGCAAUAUCUCCCAUUACUUGAGCACAUAGAGAAUUUUGCCCAUUACUCUCUAGGUUCGGCGGUAUUGGCACAUCUGUAUAGAGAGUUGAAUCUAGCGACACGACCUUCGAGAAUGUACAUAGCUGGAUGCCUACCUCUGUUGCAGGUAUGGGCUUGGGAGCGGAUACAUGUUGGCAGGCCAACACUUCGAGUUCCAUACCCACGGGAUAUCAUUGGAAAGCCCCUAGCUUUGAGGUGGGCUGAAGGAAGAGUGCGAGAAGUUCCACUUGGGAACAUGAUGACAUACAGAGAUGAGCUGGAUGGACUUCAACUUAGCCAGGCAAUAUUUAUGCCUUACUCGGAUGCUAUAAUGGGCAUGAUGCCUGCAAUAUGCCAUGAAGCGAACAACCUAUGGAUGGCUCGUGUCCCAUUGAUUAGCUGGAAACGGGUAGAGUGGCAUUUGCCUGACAGGGUGAUGCGACAAUUUGGAGGCAUUCAACCUCGAACAAUUGAGCCCAUGGAGCGUGAAUUUCGACGGGUUGAUGGGAGAGGCCGAGCUGAGGUAGAUUGGCUUCAUUAUCAUAGAGGAUAUAUUGAGUUAUGGAAUAACAGAUUAGCACUAAUUACAACCAUCACGCAUCCAUUGGGAGAUGGUCAGAAGGAGUUAUCAGAUUAUUUACAAUGGUACAGAUCUUGGGCUUCCAUCUACCUACUUAAAGCGGCGACAAAUCCACCAGAAACAAUUUAUCCUAGGUCACCGGGGGAGAGGAUAGUGGUUGAUUACUUCUUGCGUAGCAAAGAAAUUGCUGAAUCAUAUGCUACGGGUCAGAUGGAGAGUGGGGGGUCUAUAAAUCAAGGAUAUGCUGAUAUUGUCGAACUUACAAGACAAGUGGAGCAAUCUGUAUAUAUUGAUACUACUGGCCGGCAACCUCGACGAGGAGGACGAACUUCAGUAAUGGAGCAGCCAGCAAGGAGAUCUACAUCUCAUAGUUCAGGAUUACGUUCAAAUCCUGUAGAUCCGCCAAGACACUCUAUGUACGUAGGAUCAGCUGAUUCUGGCCGACCUUUAGGGAUGACGGGAGCAGGGCCUUCUAUAAUACGUGGUGAAGGGAGUUCAUCUCAGGGCGGAAGAGGAAGCCAUUGGACAAUUCCAGAAUCACAAUGGCCUGGUACAGCAUCUUCGUAUGGGCGAGAUGCUCCAUAUGACUUGAACAAUCCCAUGUGGACGACACUAUUUGGUUGGACAGGAACUCCAUCACAGCAUGGCAUAGUUGCUGAAGAAGUCCAACCUGACAUAAACAGUACGGAGGAGGAGGUGCAUCAGGACGAAGAAGAAGAACCUCAGCUCCAGAGGAGGAGUAGGCGGGUACCGUCAAGAUACACCCCCGGUACAGAUGCUCUCAAACCAAGAAAGAAGCGUUAG